UUGUAUAUUAUUUCAUACAUAAAAAAAACGAUUGAUUUUGAUUACACCAACAGUUUCAUCGAUGACCACAAUGAAUGCUAUUUGUCUAAUAGCACUGUUGUUGUUAGUGUCUAUCAUCGCACCGGUAGUCCAAGUAGUCGUUGAGCCCAAAGAUUUCUGUAAGGAAUACCACAGAAACGGACAGAAAAUUGAUUUCGCUUAUCGUAUGAUUGAAUUCGAAGGCAAGUUCUUCUUCAUCGGUAACACCUACUGGAAGUUGCAGUUCAUUGACGGUCCCGACGACAACAAAACAGUUACCAUUAAUAACGAAAGUGACGGCGAAUCCAACUUUAUAACCGGUGACAACUACUCUAUGGUUUGGUGUAAUUGGUAUCUUAAAGAUGCAAAACCAACGAUUCACGGCGUAAACUACGAUCACUGUCGUGUCGGCGGACUUAAGAAAAAUCUGAAAACCAUUGAUUGGGCCGUUGUUUCCAAUGUUAGCCUAAGACUUAUGCAGACAUCAGAUUCAACAAACAUUAAAUUUGAGGACAACUUUAAACCACUGUUUGCUUGGCUACCGGAGUCCUAUCGAAAGCAAGAACGGGUGACAACAUUUUGGUCUAAUAACCACACAAUUGUCUAUAAUUUUUAUGAUCCAAACAAUCCGCUAAAAGGGAUACCGAGUAUAGUAAGAGAAGAUACCCAAAGAUGUAAUAUUAAUGGCACAUAUGAGAGAAAAUUGAACAUUGAAUUGAUGACAAUUGUCAGCCAGUAUAGUGAAUAUGAUAAUAAUGGUGUUCAAAAGAGUAUCAAUGGCCAUGGAUCUAUUGUAUUUACCAAUGAAAACCAGAUCAUCCGAUACUGUUAUGUGGGACAACCAUUCAAUGAAACGGCCUGCAAACCAUCUAACAUGAAGACACUGAUCGACUGCUCUUUGGACACAAAACCCAGUUCAUCGCUGACAAUGAUUAUGAUAAUACUUGUUGUCGUUAUCGUAGUAUUGGUGCUCUUUAUUGUCGGACUAAUUAUAUUAGUUCGCAAAUUUGUUGGACAGGGAGGAGAUGAAGAAGUACCGAAAGAUGGAUCAUCAGUAUCGGCAAUAUCUAAUGUACAGAACAGUAAGCUAAUGUCUACCCGAUCGGCAAUGCCUAAGCCAACUAAAGGCAAGAAAACGAUCAGUCCAUCGAAAACUGGUGGUUCAACUAAUCCAACAAAAUCUCCAACAAAAGCAAAGACACCAAAAGCCAAAUGA